UGGUCUGUGAUUGGCAAGUGGGGAUGUCACGUUACAUCAAAGCCAGGCGGUCCUUCCCACCCCGAGCGCUCGUCUCCUCCUGUCGGGACGCCAGGCUGGACUACGUCUCCCAGAAGCCCCUGCGGCGUGGGCGCAAACAAGGAGGGAGCCUUGAAGGUGUGGCUACACCUUCACCCCUAAAACCUGGAGCACCCUGGCAUGCGUAUCACGGGGCGGCCGUUGGCUUUAGGCCCGGUGGACUGGGAAGGUGGCCUGCCUCUGAGACUCCUGAGGCCACAUCUGCCCUUUGUCCCGACCCCAUGGAGCCCCGCUUUCCUGGAAAUACGAAUGAGCUGCGAGGUCUCGCCCUGAACCCAGUGACCGAGGAGGCCACAUUCUUUGACACAAGGCCAACCCUGUGGGCAGAGGCCGAAUCGCUGCUGGAACCCUGGGCCAACGUGACGCUGACAUGCCGGAGCCCCCUGUGGACCCUGGAGUUCGAGCUCUUCAGGGGUGGGGUGGCCCAGGAACUGGUGCACCUGGGUUCACCUGCCACCGAGUACAGAUUCCCGCUGGGAGCAGCGACCGGUGACACCCGGGGCCUCUACCGCUGCCGCUACAGGAUGGAGAGUGGGAGGGCCAGCCUGAGCAACCUCGUGGAGGUGACGGGAGCAGAGCCCCUGCCCCCACCCUUGCUCUCAACCAAGCCCGUGCCCUGGAUCACACCGGGCCUGAACACGACGCUGCUGUGCAUCGGGGGGCUUCGCGGUGUGACCUUCCUGCUGAGGCGGGAAGGCGACGACCAGUUUCUGGAGGUGGCUGAGGCCCCGAAGGACAGGCAGGCCACCUUCCCAGUCCACCGGGCUGGCAACUACAGCUGCAGCUACCGGACCCACGCAUCAGGCGCCCCCUCGGAGCCCAGUGCCACUGUGACCAUAGAGGGGCUGGCCACGCCGCCGCCACCCACGCUGACUCUGGAUAGCGGGUUCGCCGGGCUCCUGCGCCCCGGCUCGCGCGCGACUCUCACCUGCGUGGCGCCCCUGAGCGGGGUGAAAUUCCAGCUGCGGCGGGGCGAGGAGGUGCUGCAGGUACCCAUGGCCAGUACCAGCCCAGACCGCGUCUUCUUCCAGCUGAACACGCUGGCCCCGGGAGACGGCGGUGACUACACGUGCCGCUACCGGCUGCCAGAGGAGCUAGCGCCCUGGUCCUUGGACAGCGCGCCCGCCGAGCUGGUGCUGAGCGACGGGACGCUCCCGGCGCCGGAGCUGUCGGCCGAGCCCGCGACUCUGAGUCCCGAGCCGGGGACGCUGGUGCAGCUGCGGUGCCGGGCCCCCCGCGCCGGCGUGCGCUUCUCCCUGGUGCGCGACGGCGCGGGCCGGCGCCGGGUGCACGGUCUCUUGAGCCCCGCGGGGACGGAGGCCCACUUUGAGCUGCGCGACGUCUCGGCGGUCGACUCGGCCAACUACAGCUGCGUCUACACGGACACGGCGCCGCCCUUCGCGGGCUCCGCGCCCAGCGCGCCCGUGGAGCUGCGCGUGGACGGACCCCUGCCCAGGCCGCGGCUCCGGCCCCUGUGGACGGGGGCCGUGACUCCGGGCCGCGAUGCUGUCCUACGCUGCGAGGGCCACGUGCCCGACGUCUCCUUCCUGCUGCUACGGUCCGGCGAAGAGGAGCCCUCAGCGGUGGCCUGGACCACCCACCCCUCCGCGGACCUCGUGCUGACCUACGUGGGGCCCCAACACGCCGGCAACUACAGCUGCGCCUACCGCUCCAACUGGGCCCACUCCCUGCUGUCCCAGCUCAGCGACCCGGUGGAGCUCCAGGUGGCAGGAAGCUGACCCAGCUGCAGACCCAGGCUGCUGAUGGUAUCCUUGGGAAGUCCUUUCUGCAGUGUGGCUCUGAUUCCUCUUCCUGCAGCUGCAAGCUGGAGUUCCCCUGGGGGGAGAGGGCAGGGACGGCUCUUCCUCAACCAUGCCAGGAAUCAAUAAAUGUGAAGACAGACUUUAAAAAUGUGUCUUUGGCCAAUGGCAGCCCCGGUGCAGGGGGGCUGGAGUCCCAGAGUCGAGGGCAGUGGGCUGGGAUCCUGGGUCUUGAAGGUGGAUGGGCUCCGGGUUGGAUCCUGAGGGCACGCGGGCCGAGGAUUGGCUUCUGGGCCCCCACUUUUCAAGACUGCCUUCUUCUGCCUUCUUCCAUUAAGCUACUCCCCAGUCACCUCUGCCCAGUCCCCAGCAGGUGUGGGUGGGCAGCUUGAGGCUCCAGACAUACCUUGACUGAACUGGGAGGCCGUUCAGAGGCUGCAUUGUGUAGUUCUGUCUCCCCAGCCUGAGUGGCCACCGUGUGGUGGUGCCAGACUGUGUCUCCAACCGGAGGCCAGGUCUCCCACAUCAGAGCUUGGAGCUGUGGGAGGAGUGGGAGUCCUGUCCUUCCCCACUGUCCCUCGAGAUUCUGAGCCCCCUUUGCCCCACCCGAGGCCCUCCUGGACUGUUGCCCAGCCCGUGCCUGGAGCUUGGCCCUCGAGGUGCUGGCAUACAGCAGUUGUGUAUUAGGCUAGCAGUAUCAACUAAUAC